AUUUUAUGCUGUCUUUAAAAGCAUGUCGUUCCGGGAAUCGGCAGAAGCUCAACUGGCAGAGCUCGAGCUGCUCUCCAGCAUGUUCCCCACGCACGAAGAACUGGAGAUCGUAGAUCAGCUUGCCCUGGCCGAGCUCCGAGACUACGCCGAGGCCGAGGGUGCGCCGUCGGCUUCCACCGAGAGCCCACCGGCGCCACCUCCUUCCUCCAGACCCCAGUUCGUCAUCAAGCAGAGGCUGAAAGAUGACGCAGGAGUUGCUGAGGGGGUGGAGUUCAGUCUCUCCUGCACGUAUCCACCCGAGUAUCCCAGUGUGGUCCCAGAGAUAACAGUUCGGUGUCGUGGACUGAGCCGUGCCCAGCAGACGCAGCUCCAUGCCGGACUCAACGCGCACCUGGCCGACGCAUGCCUGGGAGACGUGUGCGUGCUGUCGGCGGUGGAAUGGCUGACGGAGAAUUUACGCGCCUAUGUGGACAAAAGCUCUUCGGCGCCUCCUCCUCCCGAGACGGACGCUACCUCGCCACGGCGGCGGCAGCAGGCGUUCAGUCGCCUGUGGAUCUACAGCCACCACAUCUACAACAGCACCAAGAGGAAGAACAUCUUGGAGUGGGCCAAGGAGCUCGGACUGUCGGGAUUCAGCAUGCCCGGGAAGCCCGGGAUUGUUUGUGCGGAAGGUGCACAGGAGGCCUGCGAGGAGUUCUGGUCCAGACUGAAGGCUCUGACGUGGAAGCGGAUCACGAUUCGCCACCGAGAAGACGUCUCCCCGCACGACGUGCCGAGCGGCCAAAGCGUCGACUCCCUGCGCAAGUUCUCUGGCUUCGAGGAGGCGGCGUUCGACCCGCGCGGGAACCACAUGGACCUGGGCCUGCUCUACCAAUUCUUGCGGGAAAAGGGCUGUCACGCCGUCUUCCAGAUGUACUUCGGUGUGGAAGGGAGGCGAUAGUCGACCGGGCGGCUGUUUCCGCCUUGUUCAUUUGCAAAGUAUUGAUUGGAUGGAGAACACAGCUUUAUCACACUGACAACGCAGAGGAAUUGGACCACACAGUCACCAGAAUUUGAAAUCCCGGAAUACGGUUUGUCAUUUAGUCACCACACUUGCAGUCUUACCUCACAGCGAAUGUUUCUCCUGAGGUUUGUGGAAAAAUGGUCCGGAGGGGGUUCCUAGUUGCACUUUUAACACAUUCACUGCCAUUGACGGCUUUAGAAGUCAAAUAUCCAUGUUAACUGGGAAGGCUGGGAGUGAAUGAGUUUUAAUAGUCGCGCAGGCCCCGCGGAAGCAGUUCGAUUCACAAAUGGUGCUAUGGAGACUAUUGAUUUUAUCUGAAGAAUUAUAGAUAAGAAACACUAAUUUUCUUUUCACGAUAAGGUAGAUCAAUCAGGGACCACACUGCCAAUUAAAAGUUGUGAUUCAUGAUUGUGGUUCUUUUUUUUUAGUCGGCAAUGACCAAGAUAAAAUCAUGGAUUAAUUAGGGAAAGGGUUACAAAAUUGUACAUUAGGAUUGUGUUUUAAAAGGAGAAAAUUCAUGAGUUAGGGUUUCAAGCCUGGGUUAGUGUUGCAAAUUUGGGUUUGAAACCAAGGUUAAGGUACAGUUUAAUGUUAAGGUUUGAAGCCAAAGAUUGUUUUCAAAUCAGGGUUUCAAGCUUGGGCUAGGGUUUCAAACUAAAGUCAGCGUUUCAAAUUAGGGUUUCAAGCGGUUUUAAAUUAGUGCGAUAGAGUUAAAGUCAUGGAUGAAUUAGGACCAAAAGAUGGAUUAAAUACAGAGGAAAAAAUAAAAUGAUUCAUUUAGAUAAUUAUUAUAGAAGAUGAUGGACUAUGGAUGCUCAUGGGUUUGGGUUCCGGGACUGCAUUAGUGUUUAAAAUCAGUGUUAGGGGUUCAAAUUAAGGUUUAACGUCAAGAGUUGGGUUUUCAUGGGUCGGGUUUCUGAUUAGUGUUAAAAGCUAAGGUUAGGCUUUCAAGCAAGAGUUAAGUUACAAAUGUAGGGUUUCAAAUUAAGGUUUAAAACCUAUUUUAGGGUAUUCAAUCAAGAUAAGGGUUUAAAAUUAGGGUUACAGUUUUAAACAAGGGUUGGGGUUUCAAACGGGUUUUAAAUUAGGGUUUAAAUUCCAGGGUACAAUUUGAAACUAGUAUUGGGGUAUUAGGGUUAGGGUUUCAGGUUAGUGUUUCAAAACAGGAUUCGGGUUAUAAAUUAGCGUGUAAAGCCUUGUUUUGGGUUUCCAAUUAGAGUUAGGGUUUCAAAUUAAGGCUUCAAGCCUGGUUUAGGAUUUCACAUUAUGGUUUUAAGACUGGGUUAGGGUUACAGACAAAGGCUAGGGGUUUUAAAUGACGGUCUCAGCCCUGGGUUAGAGUUUUAAUCAAUGUUAUGCUUCAAAUUAGGCUACUUUCAACCAAAUAGAAGCUUCUGGAAAAAUCAUCGAUUAUGUGUUGUGUUCUGCCGUGGCCAGCAGGUGGCAAUGUUUAACAAGCGGAAUGCUUUCAAACGCAAAACCAAAACGCACAAUUUAUAAUCCAAUAAUCAUAAAAUAAAAAUAAUACCGAUUACUAUGUUUAAAAAAAAAAAAAAGGUUUAGAUGCAAGUUUUCACUGUUCCUGCCUCGUAUAAGUGUAUUUGUAGGUGGUGUCCACUGGCACAGCGUUAUUGACUUGCAGUGUGCCUCCACUUGUUGUGCAGGCCAUUAACGAUCCUGCUCAAUACUGACUCCAGAAUACCUUCAUAGCUAAACUCAUCAACACAUGCUUUCUUGUUGUGGUGAGCGACCCAGCCGUAAAUCUAUAACACUGAUUCCCCAACCACUGUUCAGCGAGAGAUUAUUCAAUUGAAUUGGGCCAAAAAAAGAUCAUUUAGUCACUAAAAAGAAUGUAUUUUUGUUCAUCGAGCUUUACCAGUUGACGUAUAGUCACAGGCAGAAAAAUUCAAGGUACUUCCACUCGCUGGCACAAGGUACAAAAUAUCCUCUUUAUGUAAAUUGACACCUGCCAUUCUUUCAAAAGAAUAACAGCUUUGUUAGCAACUCAACGGGUACAUUUGUGAGUACUUUGUGAAGAGAUCAUUAUUAUUUCCGUAGAAUUUGAGACGUUGUUGCUUUUGCUUGGUGGUGUGUGUUGACAAUUUUAUUAAUGUCAAAUAUGUGCCUUUGCGAGGUUCGCAUAGAAGGCUAACGGUAUUGUCCGUGCUAAGCUUUUCCCACUUCAAAAUGCUGUAUUAACCAGCUAGCUAGUUUUCUAAAUUUGGACCUUGCCACGAAAAACAUUGUGUAGCAAUCUGUCCGACUAGAUUAAUAACAAUAUCAUGACACAAGGGUCAGAUUUUCAAACUAGUGUUUUAGGACAAGGUUAAGGUUUCAAACCUGGUUAAGAGUUGCAAAUUAGGGACACAAGUCUUGUUUAGUGUUUCAAAUUAGAGUUUCAAAUCUGUUUGUGUUUCAAAUUAGGGUGUUGAAAGGGUUACGGUUUCAAAUGACAGUUUCAAGCCCAUUUUAGGGUUUCGAGUUAGAAUUUCAAGCCUCAGUUUGGGUUUUAAGGCAAGGGUAUGAUUUGAAAUUCGGGUUUGAUCCCAAUGUUACGGUUUAAAAUUUGGAUUUUAAGACGGUUUAGGGAUUCCUACAAGGGCCGAACUAGAGUUUUAAGAUAGUGUUGAGGUGUAAAGCCAAGGUUAGGGUUUAAAGCCUGGUUUAAGGUUUAAAAAUUAGGGUUUCAAGCCCUGUUUUAAAUCUGGUUUAGGGCUUCCAAUUAGUCAAGUCUGUUUUGGGUUUUCAAACAAGGGUCAUGAUUCGAAGUCAGAGUUUUAAACCAGUUUCAAGGUUUCAAGACCAGGUUAUGGCGUCAAAUUAGGGUUUUGAGCCAGGAUUAGGGUUUGAAGCCCGCCUUUCAAGUCAGGGUUAGGCCUUUCAACCUGGUUUACCAAUAUCAAUGAAAGUAAAUAAUAGUAGUGUUGGCCUGUUAGCUGUGGAUACAUCCAAAACGUCCGGAGACCAAAACACAGUCCAGAAAUGCGCAACAGUAUUGACCUUUUUAAAAACUUUCCACUGUUCUUUUUCUGUUUUUGGGCCGCCAUCCUUAAUAUCCCCAUUACAGUUAUUUGGAGCGUCUUUGA